UUUUUCCUUACUGCAGAUUGGCCAGGUCUAAAAAACAAUAGAAAAAAUAGCAUGUGAUUUGAGUCACUUCCUGACUGAGCGCUGAGACGUGUACAUACAUAUACACUGUACCAGGACUGAACUGAAGCUUUGCAGUAUCUAUGGCUGAAACUAGGGAACAGAGGAUCCUGGAGUUUGUGCUGAAGAAUGCAGUACGUGGCAACCCUCAGAGUGUGCUGGACCAUAUUGAUAAAUAUUGCCGAGAAAAGGAAUCGGCCAUGAAUGUGGGAGAUGAGAAAGGCCUGAUCCUGGAUAAUGUGCUACAAGAAACGAACCCCUCCACGGUUCUAGAGCUGGGCACUUAUUGUGGUUAUUCCGCCAUCCGUAUAGCUCGCUUACUAAAGCCUGGAGCUCUGCUGCUUACCAUAGAGAUGAAUCCUGCACAUGCCGAUGUGGCCAGACAAAUGAUUGAGUUUGCGGGAGUUAAAGACAAGGUAAAGAUAUUGCAGAAUUCCACAGAACACAUCAUCCCCAAGCUAAAAGCAGAGCAUGGCGUAGAAAACUUUGACUUUGUGUUCAUUGAUCAUUUUGGAAACAGAUAUUUGCCAGAUACAAAGUUACUCGAGGAAUGCUGCGUUCUCAGAAAAGGAACAGUGUUAUUAGCAGACAAUGUUUCCUUCCCGACGUCUGCAGACUUCUUGGAACAUGUCAGGACAAGCGGCCACUAUGACUGUACCAACUAUCCUGCUCAUUUAGAGUACUCAGAUAAGCCUGAUGCAAUGGAAAGGGCUGUGUAUAGGGGGUAGCUGUAAACAGUAGAAAUUAUAUAAUAUUAAGAAACCCACAAAAGUAAAAAAAAAAAAAAAACACAUUAUUAAAGUAACUUCAGCAAA